ACUUCCUUCGCGAAACCAACCUGCAGGGAUGACGUGGAGUUCAGCGAGUGCCUGUUAUAUGUGCGUUACAAGAAGUGAGAAUAAAGAUAUGCUAUUAACGCGCGUCUAAAUAGCAGUGAGUCUACCGGGAUACAGAUUGUAGCGCCCCCGCGUAGUGUUUCCGCUAGCGCCAGCAGAUGAAGCACGAGUGGAGCUCAGUAGUGCAGCUUGCCUACACUGUCCUCAACUGCGCACGAAAGCUGCGCGUCCUGCAGCCACUUGAUCCUCUGGAAAAGCGCCACUACGUACGCGGCAGACGCUACACGGACUCGUCACGCUUUGCCAUGGAGGCUAAUGGACAAGAUGCAUUAUUCAGGGACGCCUGGCUUGCACCAAGGCCAGUUACAGAUGGCUCCUACCUGGGAACGCUCACCGGUGGCACUGAGGCAGACAAUGUUGGCACUCACGUGGCUACCAGCAGCGGCACUGGGAGCAGAACGACGCUAUCGCUCGCUGGCGCUGAGCAGCCGGAAUGCUCGGUUGCCCCCUCACCGCCGGUGGUCGAGCCAUACCCGUGCGCGACGGGCUCGCGGACUUCCACGUCUUCAGUGGCAGGGCUUGGCACAGGCGGGGAAUCUCCGCCACUGACCAAGCCCCCAUACUCGUACGUUGCUCUCAUCGACAUGGUCCUAAAGGAAGCGCCAGACGGAAAGCUUACAUUGAGCGAAAUCUACAAAGCCAUCAUGGCGCGGUUUCCAUACUUUAAGAAGGAACAACGCGGAUGGCAGAACUCCAUUCGCCACAACCUCAGCCUGAAUGAAUGCUUCGUUAAGGUGGCUCGCGAGGACACGUCGGAAGCCAAAGGCAAUUAUUGGUGCCUGCACCCUGCGUACAAGGACAUGUUCAAGGACGGUAACUACCACCGGCGCCGCCGUAUGAACCGGUGCCCGAGGCCCACCCCAGGGGCACUACUGGCUGGUGCGGCACCGAUGCCCUCCAGGAUGCCACACAUGCAGGGACCAGCCGCCUUCGCUGGUGGCAUGCCGGGCGCCUUCUCGCCCGUGCGGCCAUCGCAGCCGGACGCAUUCCUCGGCUACCGUGAACAGCUGUUGCAUCAUCACCAGCACGACUUGGGCGUCGCGCAGCCGCAGCUCAGCGCAGAGCACUUUUUCGAGGCGGCCCAGAGGGCUUCUGGCCUGUGGACUCAGCAGGCGACCUCCAAUGCCGACGGACGACAUUACUGACGAGCUUCAGGACUCGCGCGCACUCAAAGCACUCUCCCAUCUCAAUAAAAUACCGUGACAUGAUUCGAGGAUCCAAUGGUAAGCCUAUUUACCCCAAUCCCGAUUUAAGCCCAGCCUUUUGUUCAUGUCUAUGGUGAUUGAUAUUGAGGACACCGCUAAAAUAAACUGAAGUUAAAUUUGUCUUUGCUCACUUCCAAAAAUUAGAGAGAGUGGAACAAAGGGCUGAUCAGGUUGGAGAAAAUAUCAGACAUAAACCACAUUAUUUGUCUGCCUUUAAAAACUAUUUUGAGUCAGAGAAAAUGUGUUAUUUCCGGAGUAACAAAAGCAUCAACCAAAUCAAUAAUAAAUGAUUUAUAUUCUCAUAGUUUCACUGGUCCAUAUGCUAAUUUGUGCUGGAACUAUGAGAGACCACAUCCGGCAGUUUUACAAUUUUCUGUCAUCAUAAGGCACGACUGUAUAACGGUUUGGAAAGCCGCGCAAACAAUGUAAGAUGCAUACCGUUUCUCUGUUCUAAUAAGUAUCUCGUGCUGCAUGUACAGGUGCACACAAAAUAACUCGGAACGCCAGACCGGUGGCCGUUCGUCGGCAGAGCACACCCGCGGAAAACUACAGCCUUGGUCUCCGCGUACCCGGCAUCUCUAGCAAGCAAGCCUUGCUCCCUAGUGCAUCUAGAUAGACAUUGCCUUGCGUCAAGAAACUUGGUGUUUGUCCCUCUUAGCGCUGCGACAACACAUCUGGGAGGGAUCGGGGCCUGUACGCUACAGCGUGCUCACACGCUAUGCAGCGUAAUCUCUAAACGCACGCGUAAUCCUUGUAGCGUAUUCUAGUCGGAAUCUGCAUUCAUUCUAAGAGAUAGUCAUGCUUUCUGGAUAGCUUGCGUGGAUGGAAUCCAUGAGUGUUCAUAACUGAGUGGUGACCAGUGAGUUCACCAUGCUCUGCUUUUAAUUAUACCUAAGGUCUUGCAUAUCUGAGUCAAUUAUUUCGCCUAAAGAAACUAUGAAUUCAUAGCUUAUCUUUCAUGUGGGCGAGCGCCACGGCUCGCCUAUAAUAGCACUGUAGCGCACUUUUCAACAGGAUUAUCGUGAUGCGCUGUGUAGUAUUUUAGUACUUGUGAAAUUAUAUUCCAAGCCGUAUUUACUACUUGGGAAUAAGAUAAGAAUUUUGACUGCAAAACGACGACUCAUUUAACAAGGAUGACUGCGUGCAGUAAUAAAAGUUUUCAAAAUGACAUCAGAUGGCGUAUUCCAACAUGCCAAUUUCAUGCACAGGAAUUAAUUUUAUGCAUGCGGCACUAUAAUAAAGGUCUCUUCAAUGCUUCGCAGUCACAAUGAACAUAGCAUAGUGCUCUAUUUAUUUACGAAAUGUGGCCGCUUCGCUACAGUUUUAGUAUGGAGUACUCUAACAUUUCAACGCGCGUCUGCGUUGGUUGGCGCAAACAUUCAAUUUUUCGUUCAAUGUGGUGAUACGUUGCUAAUCAAGGGAGUGUACAGCUAUGUGAGUUCAAUGCCUAUGCAAAACAGACGUUCGGCGGGGUCCCAUAUCGAUUUAUAAGGCGACUUUGACGGCGAAAGCUUUAAUGCCUUAACGUCAUUUCAUUUGCGAUUGCUUGCUUAUGUUGGUAAAUUAAUGAAAUAACUAUUAAUUGGUAAUUAGGUGUAAUUGUUUUCUUGCUUGCUGUUACGAAGUCUCUAAUUGAUCCUAAUUAGUAUCUGCUGCUCUUUGAAACUCUUAAUUAGUCUUAAUUUUACGUGUCCCCUCUUAUCACGGAGUCUCGAAUUGAUGUUAAGCAGUCUCUAUUACUGUUCGCAACCCUUAAUUACCUUUAAUUAGUUGUAAUUAUUCUUAGUUACUUAGUAAUUCACUUUGGCACGCUUUAAUAAAGGUGUCGUAUGAUAUCUUCAUUCUGGUCUUGUUAAUUACCCUAAUACUUUUAAUUAGUAUUUGGGACUAUUGAAAUAAUCUUAAUUGUUUUAGCUGCUUAGUGCUACAUUCCCUUUUACAUGCUUUUUUUAACGGUAGAGGUGUAGUAUGCCGCUUUCUGAUUUUUGCUACUGCAAGUGUUGUCGACGAUGUUCACAUUCCGCGACUAAUAGCCAGUUAGGCCUUUCGCUUUAAAAGGCGCCGAUGCCCAUUAAUGCGUACUCACGAGCGCUUAUGCUCCAUCGCGCGCACACGCGCGCACACAGCGUUUCAGAGACUGCAUCCGGACAGCCCCCCUGCGACAAUGCUAAAAGCACCCAACACUAUUCUUUUGGAGCAAGGCAACACCUAUUUGGAUGCACUGGGAGCGAGGCGAGCUUGCUAGGGAGACCGCGCAUGCGCAGACCCUGGCACUAUUUUUUGUCCGGCGCACUCCGUCGGUGAAAGGCCACCGGUCCGGCGUUCCGAGUUAUUUUGUGGGCACCUGUACAUGUUUUAUGCGAGUGUCAUCUGUCGUGGGCAGAACUGCCUGCACAUGUGUUGAACUUGUAUGCAAAAACAUUCAUACACCUGUAUGUAUUAUUUUUCAAACAUCAGCUCUUAUGAGAGCAUCAAUAUACAUGCCUGGACGUUGAAGCGUUCUACAUAUUCUACAAAUACGGGGUGUUUCUUUCUUAGACCAUGCAGUAUUUUUUUAAAUCACCUAUGCCAGUUAGCGUAAUUAUACACUUUUAGCUAGAUUACUCGAAGCACCCGACAUUACUCGCACGGAAAAUAAAAAUGCUUAAUCGAGUAAGUAACAAAAAUUGAUAAAUUAUCCCGGCUGCGUUUCGUACAUUGCAGCAGGUGCCAUAAAAUAAAUAAACAAAACGUUAAUUAGUGAACUUUAAUUAUUAGAUUAUGCUUUUCAAUUUCUCGUGCAAGUAAGGUCCGCCUCUUUGAGUAACCCAGCUCAAUGACUGUAAUUGUGCUAUCUGCCUAAGGCAUUUCUUAAAAUUUCUGUACCGUCUAAAGAAAACAAUAAAGUUCAUUGUCUGUC